CUUCAUUCAUCUGCCGCACGGCUACCUUCGUAACGCGUCGUUUCGUUACGUUCCCAACCAGAUUUCGCGUCUGGUUUACGCGAGUGAUCGUGAUGGCGGUGUCGGGGUAAACGGCUACAUUGUUUUGUGAAUAUAAUAAUUGACGUUGAACUCCGAUAACAGCAAGAUGAAUGAAGAUGAGGACCCACAGCAGGAGGGCGACGAGGAAGUGCUGCUCCAGUCAGCUCAGCAGAUGUUUGAGAAGUUGAAGAACCUUGUCUCCACAAAAAAGGAGAAAUUGUCCAAGAACAUUUUGUCUUCAAUUAAAAAACAAAUUGACAACAUGUAUGAUGAUGUUCAUAAAAAUAUAAAUGAUGAAAUGCCAAACACAUCAAAUUGUGUUGAGAGUGCAGGCUUAGCCAGUAGUGAGGAAGUUACUGAAAGUUGUGAUAGCAUAAAGAAAGAGCCAGGAGAUGAUGAUGCAUGCAAUGUAGGGAAAAUCAAGGUCAAAAGUCUCUCACUUUUAUUGGAUCCAAAUAGGCAUUCAUCUGAGCCACCCAAAUUGGAUGACUCUUGUAUUAUAGUUUCAUCAGACAGUGAGCAGGAAGCGCCAAUACAUUCAAAUCAUAAGGAUACAGCUAACACAGAACAACACCUGGCGCCCAGCUCUAGUAGUUUAAAUAGUUCUUCUAAAGUUUCGAAAAUUAUAGACAAUGAUGCAGACUGUGAUUUAUCAAUUUUAACCAAGCCAACAGAUAGUGCUUCUAGUUUAAAACAUUCCCCCAAACGCAAAAGCACUCGGGUGAGGAAUUCUAAGCCUGCUAGUAUAGGUAAUAGGGACACUUCUUUGAGCGAAACAUCUUCCGAAAAUGAAACCGAUGCGGAUCAAUCGUCAAUGAGAAAAUCGAUUCUAAAGUGUUCGCCGGCGAAUUCAAGCCAACUGAAAAGCGUGCAAUUUGCCGAGAGCGAACCCACCAUUCACACUUAUCCAUGCUUGCCGCCCGUUUCCGAAUCAUCGUCCGAUACGGAGUCCAACUCCGACGAGGACUUUAACGCGAAGCUGACAAAAAAGAAGAAGACGCGCACGAAAGUCGUGCAUCCGAGAAAGCAUAUGCAGUUUGAUGAACAUAUUAGGCAAGACAAAAAAUUCUUUAGCAAAUGCGUUGUAAAUGUUCAAAGGUUUUCGACUGAUAGACUAUCUAACUUAAUUGCAAAAGGCAGAAAAAGAGAAGAUGAACAAAGUAGAACACCCGAACGCAAAAGGGUGGAUGAUAUGGGUGGUUUGAAGAGGAAGCGUGAGGCAAGGAAAGAAUCUUCCGACUCUGAUCAGCAAAAUACGCGUAAUAGGAAAAAGAAAAGGUCGCAAAAAGUUAACGAAAAGAAAGAAGACAGCGAUGUGUCUGAAGAUGAAGAAACUUCUGAAAAUGUCAAGGAAAAUGGUGAAAAUGGGGUUGAAGAAAACUGCGAGGGUUCAAACCACACUCAAGAUGAUGAAAAUGCACCGUCAUCAAGUAAUCAUCAGAAUACAACUAAUGAUAGUGAUAGUGAGAAUGAAGAAGUUCCUGAAGAGAUUUGUAUGGAACCCGAAGUUAUCCUAGCUUCGGAUUCAGAUUCAGAGAAAAAGACUGCCUCCAAAAGUAAGAAAUCUAAGAAGAAGAAUGACGAAUCCGAUGAGUGGAAUGAAGAUCCAAGCUCAGGAUCUGAUGUUGAGAAAGUACCCGUAACUUCUAAAAAGAAGCGUGGACGAGCAAAGCGCGUCCUUUCGGAUUCUGACGGUUCUGAUGCUGAUAAUACUUCGAAAGCGAAUGAAUCGAGCGAUGAUUCUGAAAAGGAAGAUAAAGAAGAAGAAAAGAAAGCUCCUCCCAAAAAAUCCAAACGUUCCCGAAUCAAGAAAGUGGCUGACAGCAGCGACGAGGAAGAGAAAACCACACGUAAACAACUGCGCAAGGUAAUUUCUCGUGAUUCCCUUUCGGAUUCGACUAAACAAGCCGAGAAGGAUGAAGCUGCACGCAAAGCACGUAUUGCCGAACGCCAAGAGAAGUACAACAAUAUUUUCGAUCCAUCGAAACUCGAAAAAUCACAACAAUCUAAGGUGGUUUUGGACUUUAACGACGAAACACAAGAGGAACUUUUAACGGUUCAUCCAGAGCUUGUUAAGCAUUUGAAGCCUCAUCAAGGCAAAGGUAUUCAAUUCAUGUGGGAUGCUUGUUUUGAAUCAUUGCAACGCGCCAAGGACACCAAAGGUUCUGGCUGUGUUCUUGCGCAUUGCAUGGGUUUGGGUAAAACCCUUCAGGUUAUUACCUUGGCGCACACGUUACUCACAAACGAAGAAAAGACUGGUGUGAAGAAAAUAUUGGUUGUGUGCCCGUUGUCAACCGUUUUGAAUUGGGUAGCUGAGUUUAAGAAAUGGCUACCGGAUGAAGAUGCGUUCGAAGUGUACAAUUUGGUAGCGUUGAAGCAGAAUAAUGGUAGAGCUUCGGCUACUAUGGAUUGGCAUAAGUAUGGCGGAGUGAUGGUUCUUGGCUAUGAUAUGUUUAGAAACUUGAGCAAUGAAACCAGCAAGAGAAUGUCGAAGAAAAUGCGACUGGACUUUCAGAAAGCGCUGGUUGAUCCCGGGGCUGAUUUGGUCGUGUGCGAUGAAGGGCAUUUACUGAAGAAUGAAAAAACCACUCUAAGCAAAGCCAUGAAUCGUAUCCGAACGCUGAGGAGGAUUGUUUUAACCGGUACGCCACUACAAAACAAUCUGAAAGAGUAUUAUUGCAUGGUCCAGUUUGUGAAACCAAAUUUGUUGGGCACAUACAAAGAGUACUUGAAUCGUUUCGUAAAUCCGAUCACAAACGGACAAUAUACGGACUCCACACAGACGGACAUUUCAAUUAUGAGACGUCGAUCACACGUACUGCACAAGUUGCUGGACGGUACCGUGCAGAGAAGGGACUACGCGGUAUUGGCGCCCUUCUUACCCCCAAAACACGAGUACGUCAUCUUUAUCAGUUUGACAGAUGUACAGCGUAGUUUGUAUCAACACUAUUUGCUUAACUUUGCACAACGCGCGUCCGGAACUCGAACUUCCUUUUUAUUCACCGAUUUUCAAGAACUGCAACGUAUUUGUACGCAUCCCAGAGUUAUGCUGGAUAAAAGUAUUGCAAAUAAACACAAGGCCGAGAAGAAUUUCGAUGAUGAUGAGGAGGAUUCCGAGGGCAGUUUGAAAGAUUUUAUUGAUGAUGACUCGGACACGGCGGAGAGCACCGAUUCAGAUGGAUCGUCAGAUGAUUCGUCCAAGGAGAAGAAAGCACCCACAGCGACGAGGCGUAGGACGCGUGCAAUGGCUGAUCAGGAUCCUGAUCCAGAGAACCUUGAUGGCGACGAUUCUGCAGAACCGGCCAAGGAUGAGUGGUGGCGACAAUUCACACAGACUGAUGAAUUGGAUAAUAUUAUACAUAGUGGGAAGUUGUCUCUACUUUUCGAAAUUUUGCAUCAAUGUGAAUUGAUUGGCGAUAAAAUUUUGGUUUUCUCGCAAUCAUUAUUAUCUCUGAAUAUAAUUGAAUAUUUUCUUGGGAAAAUCGACGAAGCGGCCCAGAAUGGGGAUAGUUCCAUGCUGAAAGGAUAUGCUAGUUCAUGGUCCUUGGGCUUAGAUUAUUUUCGUUUGGACGGUAGUUCAUCCUGCGAUAAUCGUGCUGCUUGGUGUAAAACUUUCAAUGAUCCCAGCAACACUAGAGCUAGGUUGUUCUUAAUUUCAACCAGAGCUGGCGGUCUAGGUAUUAAUUUAGUAGCAGCAAAUAGAGUAAUAAUCUUCGAUGUGUCGUGGAAUCCUUCUCACGACGUUCAAAGUAUCUACAGGGUGUAUCGAUUUGGCCAAACCAAGCCGUCUUAUAUUUAUAGAUUUGUCACUUUGGGCACAAUGGAGAUGAAAGUAUACGAACGCCAAGUAAUCAAGCAAGCCAUAUCCAAACGUGUUAUCGACGAACAACAAAUUGAUCGGCAUUAUAAUCAAAAUGAUCUUCAAGAAUUAUACAAAUUUGAACCUAUACCAGAAGUAAGACCCUUGCCGGCACCACCCAAAGACAUCCUUCUCGGAGAGUUGCUUCAAAACUUUACCGACACGAUCUUUAAAUAUCAUGAACAUCAGAGUUUGUUGGAGAAUAAGGAAGAUGAGGUACUCAACGAAGACGAGCGAAAAGCCGCCUGGGAAGAGUUCGAAAACGAGAAGAAGAUGCACAGAACUACCACUGGCACAAUCAACAACAUUCCAAUGCACACCGUCGUCCUGGCACUUACUAGUAUCAUCAAAAGAGAGCAUCCGGGAGUCACACAACUUGAGAUUAAUGGCGUCAUGCCACAACUUAUCAACGAAAUGCGCGAGCAACUGGCGAAUGGUGAAAUGGCUCCGUUCAAUAAGAUGUUAGCUGAAAUUCGUACGAUAAAGGCGGCUGAACAAGCGCGCGUUCAAGAGUAUUACAAAUCACAACAGCAGGCAAUGUGGUUGGCUCAACAAAUGCAGAAACAGUUUCCUGGUUUGAGUCAGGCCGAUGCUGAAAGAAUUUUACGUGAUCAGAUGGCACAGAUCGCUCAGAGGCAGAUGAUCCCAGGUCCGAUGCGGCCAGAGCCACCCCGAAUUAGCAACCCUGACGAGGUGGUCAAUCUGGACGAAGACUAAGACUAGUGCUUUAUUUAUACGUACAAUUAUUACAAAAUAAUUUAACUGUAAACUGGCUUUUAGACACUAUCAGAAUGUACCAUCUAUUUAUUUGUGAUGUGUUUUUUGUUCGAGUUCAUAAUUUGUUUUAUUCGUAUAUGGUUAACAAUUGUGCAAACAUAGAGAAACAAUAAACAAAGUUCAAUUCGCAGAA